CUCGCCACUGAACUCCCACGUUUUGUGGGUCAUGCUCAGUCGUUUUGCAUUCUUAUGCUACUGAGAUACCACAGAGACAGGUUUGGACUCCUUCCCACGUUCUAUUGCUCUUGUAGUGUUUUAGCAGCGCAGGUCAAAUGACACGAGGAGUUUCUGUCACCAAAUACUGUCACUGUGAAGUGAUGUUGGUGCUUUUGCAUAUACAUGUCUCUCAUUAGCAUUGGAACAUAAUGAAUGGGGCCAUCUGUCCGCGGCGUGAGCCAAGAGAAUAACAAAAGGUCUGUGAAUGUGACAUUACUUCUGCGAAAGGUAAUGAAGUUAUCAUUCACUCCAUUAUUCCGGAGUGACAAAAGACAGGCCGUGCUACUCUCUCUUCCUGAUGGUUCCCGGCAAUUAUUUGCUGAAUAAAUCCUUCUCUCUGUGUCUCUUUUCACCUCACCCUUUCACUCCUCACUUCUUUUUUCUUUCAUCUCAUUUCCCUCUGAACCUUCCUCUGGGUAUCUUCUGCACUGGCUAAAUCCCCCAUCGCAUAUCUUCACCCUCGUUCCCCCGUCCACCUCAUUCCACCUCCACCUGCCUCGGGUCCUCCUGUGCUCCCCCGGCUCCAUCUUUCCUCACGUAUCUCUUGCUCGCACCCCUCUGUCCCACCUCCUGUAGUCCCAGUGAAGCAGAGAGAGAAAGAGAGAGAGAGAAAGAGAUGUCGCAGAAGAAGAUAUUCCUGGUCUUCAUUGCCAUCAGCACUGUCAGUCUUUUGUUGCACCAUGGGGGCCACUUGAGCUGGACCAUGGAAGCCUUCCAUCUAGGCUGCCCUGCCCUUCGUUCCCACCCUGCCCCAGGCCUGAAGCCUAAACACACCAAUGUGGCCUUCCUGAAGACCCACAAAACAGCCAGCAGCACCAUGCAGAACCUACUUUUCCGUUUUGCAGAACGCAACAACCUGACAGUGGCAUUACCUGUGCAGGCUUGUGGCCACCAGUUCUGUUACCCACGCUCCUUCACCAGUCACUUUGUCCACUCACACACACUGCCACCAAACAUCAUCACCAGUCACAUGCGCUUCAACAAAGUGGAGCUACAGCGCCUUAUGCCCAAUGACACAGUUUAUAUUACCAUUCUGCGAGAGCCCAGCUCUAUGUUUGAGUCCUUGUUCAGUUACUACAACCAGUAUUGUCAGAGCUUUAAAAGGGUUCCCAAUGGUUCCCUUGAGGCCUUCUUAGAGGAGCCUUGGCGCUUUUACCAACCAGAUGAAAAGGACUCCAUGUAUGCACGAAACACCUUGACCUUUGACUUGGGUGGAGACAAAGAUCACCCAGCAACAGAUAUUACAUAUGCACAAGCCUUUGUGGAGGAAGUGGAGCGAGUGUUCUCCUUAGUGAUGAUUGCUGAGUACUUUGAUGAAUCUCUAGUUCUUCUUCGCCAUCUUCUCUCCUGGGAUCUAGAUGAUAUACUUUAUGUUAAGCUCAACAUGAGGACAGCAAACUCCAAGCAGAACCUGACGCCAGGACUUCCUGCAAAGAUCCGUGCCUGGAACUCCCUUGAUGCCCAUCUCUAUGACCACUUCAAUGCCUCAUUGUGGCGCAAGUUGGCAGCUCUGGGACCAGCAUGUGUAGCUAGGGAGGUGCGUCUCCUUCGACAAGCCCAGGAGAGGUUGAUGAGAAGCUGCUUUGGUGGACGAUUGCCACUUCUCCGUUCAGCCACGCAGAUCAAAAAUAAAGAUCUCCGUCCCUGGCAGCCUAGUGGAAAAGUUGACAUUGUAGGAUACGACCUCCCAGUAAAUCUGAGCCAUGGGUUCUCAAGUUUAGCCCAGCAACUCUGCCUCAAGCUUGUCAUGCCAGAGGUCCAGUACACCAGGGUUCUCCUACAUUCACAAUCACUACGCUACCGUCGGGGCUACCAGUUCUGGGCACCGCAGCAGUCGCGUCCUAUCCAUCGGCACAUACGCACAGCCGUGCCUCGGCAUCCUCAAGUGCACCACAGCCAUUCGCUGUUACCAGCACCAGUCCCUGGCUCAGGAACAGGGUCCACCUCCACCUCAAGGCCUGCUACAGGAACCCAGGUUAAGACCACAAGGUUGGAAGCCAAAUCCUCACAGACCCAGGCUGCACAGACUGCUUAAGAAAGACUUGAGCAUGAGUGCACAGAGUGCCCAAAAGACUGCUUUGUUAUACACCUCCAGGAUCAGAAGAAAAUCUUGCUUUGUUUUCAGAGGUGUAGCAAACAAGCUGGAGUUAUUCUUGAAUCUGUGUCUCUCCUGUGCUUUCUAGGCAUAGCUUCCUAUUAAAACAGCAACAACAACAGUUGAGGAUAAAGAGAUAAAUCUGGACUUAAACUUGAAUGUCCUCCCUGUUCUGUGAAACAGAACCUGAGCUGGAAGAUAAAAGGAGAAGAAAUCCAAACUACUCUGCAUCAUCUCAGUUGCACAUCUCUGCAUGCCCAGCCACCGAGGAUGGCAGAGAGUUUACUGUGAAAGUGGCUCUUUGAAGCAAAUCUGUUAUGUACGACCGGGACUCGGUAGGAAAGCGGUGAUAUCAGUCCUAUUGUGAGGCACAGAGCGCGCUUUGUGUGUUUCACAUUGGCAUAGUAUCACAUUACUUUUGCUUUUCAUUCUCUAUAGCUCCUGCUCUUUUUCUCCCUCACUCUCUAACGUAUGCUUCUUAAAGAACUUGAAAAAGACAUAAAGCCUUUUUUUCCCGCCGCGCAAAUGAUCCCACUGCUGGAUCAUCUCAUCGCUAAACUGACUGCACUUUGACUGGCCGACGCAAAUUUUGUUUGUGGCAAAGUUCUUUCAUGCGUGUGUUGAACUCUGGCUGGAACCUUGCGUGCCUUCAUCGGCAAUGCCACGUCUCUGAUGCUGAGCCAUGACAAAUUAUCGUCACGACGUCUACGUACUAAAACAGCUGGUCCAACCGCUUCGAAAGCUACUUGUGGUUGAUACAACAUGGCACCAUGCAGUUAACGUGGGCCAAAAUUGCACAAAGUGCAUGCGGGAGGUUGUAAGGACAUAAAGGCAUCAACUGUCGAAUGAGCCUCGUAAGAGCACAGAGAGACACCGAGUUCACAUUCAGCUAUUAAUAUAACAGCACAAUGAAUAACUCUUCUAAAAGCUCCAGAACCUGCGGCAA